CCGUAAAGAAAACAUUUCUGGAAAAUCAAAUGGGGAACAUUUCGGACACCACAAAAACAAACGUUCUUCUAACCAAUAAUCGUUAGUUGAAUACAACGUGUGACACCCAAAACAUUAACAACAAUACACUGCUCUCUACUGGUCAUAUCCUGAAAGCUCGGUAUAGUAGACUUUGGCCCGGAACGUUCCGCGUGGUGUUUUGUUUCCUUCCGGAAGCGUUUGAAUGUAUUACGGCGCAGAAAUAAAACGACUUUGGACUCUUGUAGCUAUGUACCGUUGUAUGUCAAGUUUAUUUCGAGUAAAUGGAAAUAUAUGCUUCACAAACCAAUCAUGCAUCCAAAUACUGUCAAGGACGACAGAGAAGAACUGCUUUCUAUGUCAGUGCAUUUAUUUCAGCUCAGCCAGACCACUGAAAUACCUGAGACACAAUCUGCAGCCCAUCUGCACACAUCAGGCAGUGUUACACCGUUGCAUAAGUUCAAGUGCACGCAAAAGAAGGUUGCCAAGUGCCUUUCCAGUGGUAGAUGGUGCAUGCCAACUUAUUCACAGACAUGUAUUUGAAGCAAAUUUACGGAACAGCCAGGCAUGCCAGCAAAGGUAUCUAGAGCUGAAGGAAAAAGUGUUAAAGGCAGGUGGGGAAAAAGCCGUUGCCCGACAUACACAGAGAAACAAGAAGGCUCUAGUCAGAGACAGACUGCACAUGCUGUUGGAUGAUGAUGAUUAUCUAGAACUGUCUCUCUUUGCUGGACUAGGUUUACCCUACGGAGACAUCCCAUCGGCUGGCUGUCUCACAGGUAUUGGUAAAAUAAAUGGUCUUUGGUGUGUGUUCAUCGCUAAUGAUGCAACGGUGAAAGGAGGCACAGCAUACCCCAUUACAGUAAAGAAACAGCUUCGGGCCCAGGAAGUGGCCAUAAAGAAUCGGCUCCCCUGUGUAUAUUUGGUUGACAGUGGGGGUGCAUUUUUACCUCUUCAGUCAGAUAUAUUCCCUGAUAAGAACCAUGGUGGCCGAGUUUUUUACAAUGAAGCUAUAAUGGGAGCAAUGAAGAUUCCACAGGUGGCAGUGGUCUGUGGGUCAUGUACAGCUGGUGGAGCCUAUGUCCCUACUAUGGCAGAGGAGGCGAUCAUUGUGCACAGGAUAGGGACCAUAUUUUUAGGUGGCCCUCCGCUAGUUAAAGCUGCUACAGGGGAAGAAGUGACCCCUGAGGAUCUUGGAGGGGCCAGGCUGCAUUCAGAGGUGAGUGGCUGCAUUGAUCAUUUUGCUGCUGUGGAGAGUGAGGCAUACGAGUGUACCAGGAACAUCAUCUCCACUCUAAACUUCAAGCUCCCAGAGGAGGACAGCACUGAGUUUGAGGAGCCCCUGUAUAAUGCUGAAGAGCUUAUGGGCCUUGCACCAAAGACCUACAAUUACAGCAUGGAUGUCAAACUGAUUGUGAGUCGGCUGACUGAUGGCAGUCGUUUCCAGGCGUUUAAGUCUCGAUAUGGUACCACACUUAUGACUGGAUUUGCCAAAAUUGAAGGACAUUUGGUUGGUAUCGUUGCCAAUAAUGGUAAGCUAACAUCUGAAGCCUGUCUGAAAGGAAGCCAUUUUGUUCAGCUGUGUGAGCAGAGAGACAUCCCUCUCAUUUUCCUUCAGAACACGACCCCAGAGCCUUUGCACACUCUCUCCCAAGGCAAGGCAGAGAUCAACACUACGGUACUCAAAGCUCAGGGAUCCAUGAUGUCUGCUGUGGCCUGUGCAUCUACUCCUAAGAUCACUGUGGUCAUCGGAGGCUGCCAUGGUGGUGACAGCUAUGUCAUGUGUGGAAGGGCUUUUGACCCCAAUUUCCUGUUUUUGUGGCCCAAUGCUAGAGUGUCGAUUUUAGCCCCAGGCCAUGCGGGAGCUUUGAUGCAGGAUGAAAAGGAGGCCAUGCACAUUAAUGAGCAGCUGAAAGAAGAAAGCUCAGCAUUCUUCUCAUCAGGCAGACUAUGGGACGAUGGUGUGAUUCUUCCACAAGACACAAGAAAGGUGUUGGGUAAAUGCUUAAAAAUCAUCAAGCAACAGGAAUACCAGCUAUCUCGAGGAAGGCCAAAAUCCAUCCCUCUUCGAAUGUAACAUCGUUGAAAGAAUUCUCACUAAAAAUGUGUGGGCUACUUCCAAGCAUGAGGACUUCUGUUGUAAACCAGCAAUGCAGGAGCCAUGUUUUUUGUACCAACAAAAAAUUAUAUUUGUACAUGUACGUGUAUUUUACACUACUGUGAAAAUCAAGUACUCUCAGUAUAGGAAAAACUUGGUUGCAGAUAUUUAUCAUGGUUGAUAUCUGUUAGUGGUAUGGAGAUGAAAGAGUUGGACCUUAUUGGUGAGUUGAGCGGAUUGCUCUGGUUCAUGCAAAAGAGCUGAAGUGUUUUACUAACGAUGCUUCCUGAAUAAGGGUGGGAGGAUCAAUACCCAAGUAUCCAUACCUCCAAUCCUGAUAGGCCAGUUGUGAGAAUCGAUGCUCAUGUUUAAAAAUUGAUAUCAAGUACUGUUUUUAAGUGGUUGAUUUUAUUAACAUCAUUUUAUUCAUUGA